GGGGACGCGAGUUUCAUUUUACUGUAAACUGCGUGAAGUGUCGUUGUUAAGUCUUAGUCAAAUAUGACCAAGUGAAAGAAUGAAGGGUACAUCUGUACCGUGGCUGCUGUGGUUGAUCUCCCUGCUGUGUGGCUCAACAAACCAAGCUCGUCUGAUUGUGAGCCCCAGCAGCUCUCAGCUGUUUGAAGGUGACCGUUUGUCUCUGAGCUGUGAGGGGGAGGACAGCGCUGCUGGAUGGACUGUGAAGAGGAACACGCCCAAACGACAGAGGAGUCGGUGUGGAGAUGGGUGGGGAAAACAAGUCAGUUCUUCUUGUACCAUCACCUACAUCUUCAAAAGGGACAGUGGUGUUUACUGGUGUGAGUGCAGAGAGGGAAUAACCAGUAACACCGUCAACAUCACUGUGACUGGUGGCCCAGUGAUCCUGCAGAGUCCUGUGCUUCCUGUGAUGGAGGGAGAGACCAUCACGCUGCUCUGUAAAGCAAAGUCCACACCUUCAAACCUCCCAGCUGCUUUCUAUAAAGAUGGCUCCUUCAUUGGGACUGAGUCGACAGGUCACAUGACCAUUCCUCGUGUUUCCAUGUCUGAUGAAGGCCUCUACAAAUGUCACAUCAGUCAUCAUGGAGAGUCUCCACCCAGCUGGAUCACUGUCACAGGUAAACCAACAACUACAGCUCCGCCUUCCACAUUAUCCCCACCCUCUACAUCAACUUUGCUUUCUGUCUCAACCCUAAUGACCACACCGAUCCAAUCCACUGCCAUGGCAUCUCCUUCUGCCACAGCUCUGCCUACUGAUUCGGCUCCACCCACUGUCUCCAUUCACCUAUCACUUGUCUUGAGAGUGGUCUGCCACCUGGUGGUGUUCUGUCCAUAUGUCAUCACAACUGUCCUAAUGGUGUCUUUAUAUCGACAAAGACCCUCAGCAACAGCACCACACCCCUACCCUGAGCAGAAACUGACUGAGGACUUUGACGUCAUGGAGGUCACCAUCGAGCAUCAUUUCUAAACUGCACAGAACAGAGAAAUAUUUUUGUCAUGUAAAAGUAAUAAAUAUUAAAUUAAAUAGAUCUGAUAUUUUAUGGCAACACAAAGUCAUGUAUAAUGUUGGAGGUAAACAAAGUGCAGUUUUUUUUACUGCAUAUUCAUAUCUGCCGGCACAGCUUAUCACCAAAGACUGCUGCCAGUGAUUGUACAAAUGAUAGAAAGAAACAUUUAAAAACACUGUAUGUGAAACUAUAAAAGAUUACUUUUA